AUGAUUCCGACCUCGCCAGACGAUGUUUCCCAGCUCAGCAGUUGUCCUGUCCGACAUGGCGCAUUGACGAGUGGUAAUUACUCGAUACUGACCCUUGGUAAUGACGGGGAAGGUGAUCCAUUUGCUUACCAGCGUGGUUUCUCUUUGUUUGCCGGACAGCAGACGACUGUUACGGUGACUUCGAUCGCCGACUGGACUGUUGUGGAGCAAGCUACAUCCACAGUCAAUGUAACCUCUACUAUAUUGCGAGCAUCGACUCAGAGCAACGAUGUUACGAUCACGUCGAACACAAUAGGCACCCUCACGCUCACGCCGGCGCCUUACAUAGUUCCCAAGACAGACAUGCUCACCCGGACCUUCUUCAGCUGGACAACGACUCGCUUCGUCGAGACCGAAGUUGCUACGCCGUCAUGCACAGUACCACCAAGACCGAGUAUGGCAGAUGACUGGCUGCGGUUUGCACCAACAAUGAUACCCCUUCCUACUGGGCUUCAAUUCCAGUGGCCAAUGACGCGAGUCGGUGGAAGAGCAAUUGAUGUUCGUACAGUGGAACAGGAAGAGGCUCGAGCUGUGCAGAAACGUGCUCCGGAUGCCCAAACAAUCACCACAACCACAACAUUAGGCGGCAGCAAAACAACAACUAUACAAGCCCGACCAACAACGACCACAGCUGUGGAGGCCACGACCGUGAUGGCUAUCAUUACUCUACCGCCGCACACGGUAUACGAGACUCAAUUAGACACUGUAACGGCUCCCAGACCAACAGAGACGCUCGAAGAACUCGUCUACAAGCGGGAAUAUAUCACGAAGACAAUGUCAAUCACGUGGACCAGUACGUCGACUACAACCCCUGUGGCUGUUGCCACGGCUUGCAGAGCAGCUGGUGGCAGUUUUGGAUAUGCAUGGGGAGGACGAUCACGAUGA